AAUGAGACAGGCCCGCGGCACCGGCGAGCCAAUGGGCAGCCGCGCCUGAGGCUCGGCGCGUCGGCGCCCCGCAGCCUAUGGGAGCGCGGCGCGGGUGAGAGGUCGGAGGUGGGAGAGCGGCGCCCCCGGAACGGGAAGCGGAGCCGCUUCCCAUCGCCUCCCGUUGUCCCGCGGCGCGCACGAGGGGUUCCCGCGUGGGCCCGCGCUUCUCCCGCCAUGAGCCUGCCCCUCAACCCCAAGCCGUUCCUGAACGGGCUGACGGGGAAGCCGGUGAUGGUGAAGCUGAAGUGGGGGAUGGAGUACAAGGGCUACCUCGUCUCCGUGGACGGCUACAUGAACAUGCAGCUUGCAAACACAGAGGAGUACAUAGACGGCGCGUUGUCUGGACACCUGGGUGAAGUUUUGAUAAGGUGCAAUAAUGUUUUGUACAUCAGAGGUGUGGAAGAAGAGGAAGAAGAUGGAGAAAUGAGAGAAUAGGUGUUUUGUAUUUCUGAAAAUAAACUUUUUUUUUCUUUCUUGUUUUUCAUA